CACCGUUAGUUUUGUAACAACAGACCGACAAGCUGCACUUUGCGUGGAACUAGUUCCGACUGUCCGGAGGGCCAUCUCUUUCAUUGCUAUGUGCUGACCGCCGUUUGAGAGAGCACCAUGGACCCAUCAGAGUCAGGGGGGCCGACAGCUGAUCUCGGCCCAGAACAGAGUGUCCAACCCGAGCUUUCUGCAGCGAUGCGGGCUAAAAUCGAGCGGAACCGGCAGCAGGCGUUGAUGCUCCGGCAGGCGCGACUCGCGCGCCGCCCGUUGUCCGCUGUGGAGGGGGCGACCUCGGCGAAAAUCUCCAAGACCAUCGACUCUGGUGCCGGCUUCUUCAUCGAGGAAGAGCAGGGCGGAGAGGAAGAGCAGAGGAACAGGAAGGUUGUGCAUCAGCCAGCCCCCGUCAUCGAGCCAGACUACCUGCUGUGCGAUGACUGUCAAAAACCUUUUAUGGACUCGUACCUCAGCAACAGCUUUGACCUGUCUGUCUGUGAUAAGUGCAGAGACAACGAGGAGAAGCACAAGCUGGUCUCCAGAACUGAGGCCAAGCAGCACUACCUGCUGAAGGACUGUGACCUGGACAAGAGGGAGCCUCCACUCAGGUUUAUACUGAAGAAAAACCCUCAUAACGCGACCUGGGGAGACAUGAAGCUUUACCUCAAAGUCCAGGUGGAGAAGAGGUGUAUGGAGGUGUGGGGUUCAGAGGAGGCCCUGGAGGAGGCCAAAGAGACGAGGGAAGAGAAUCGAGAGACGCAGAAACAAAAACGCUUCAACAAGAAGGUCAAAGAGCUGCGCAGGGCGGUGAGGAGCAGUAUGUGGACCAAAGACACCAGCGUUCACCAACAUCAGUACGGAGCAGAGGAAGUGGUGGAUCCAGACGAGGACCUCUACAAGAAAACCUGCACCAGCUGUGGACAUGAACUCACCUAUGAGAAGAUGUAGACGCUCGCUCACUAGCACACACACACCAACUGACUGGAGAAGAUAUUCGGUGCUUUUAUGGGGAAUCCACUUCUCUCUUCUUUUUGUAGCAUGCAGAGAUUCCCUCUAGCAAUGGGCAAAUCAAGGAAGGCACAAUAUUGACACUUGAACAUACCAUCUUGUGGUAAAGUGAGGCCUGAUUUUUUUGACUGGAAGAGAAAUGACCAGUAUGAUUACAACUUUGCUGCCGUUUAGAAAAAUGUGAUACUUGCAGAAGAGUCCUCGACGAUUUCGGUCACAUGAUACCGUGAUGUGUUCACUGUCAUGUAAAGUAUGUUAAACUUGACUUCUCAUCGCCUAUGUGGCCUUAUACAACUUGACAUAUUUCAUUGUGACUGAAUGCAAAGGCUUUGAUAAUAUAUGCAAUAACCACUGUUGGAGAACUUCCUCUCAAUUGUCUCACGAAAUUUCCAAAUUUAUAAUCGGAGACCUUCCUCAUUCAUCUACUCUUGAACAAAGAUCCAUAGACCUCAGUCUGGUCUGAAGUGGCUGGGACAAGGACUAUUUCUAUGAACUCAUGUCAGCUCUAAUGAGACAUGCUGUUAUUGUCCAGCUGUUCAUAUUAAUUCUACUAUUAGACUGAAAUUACCAGAUGUAUCAGUAAAAUCUUAAAAUCAAUUUGAACAGGCCAGGCAUUUAGUUGAAAUACCUUUAAAUUGGAAAUAACUCAAAAUCCAGAUUUCACUUCAGUCAAGUGAUUAAAGCUCCUACCUUGUGAUUGAGAUUAUUUUAUACCGCAGGAUGACAUCUACAUUUUACAGACAAUACCUUAACAUUGAAAAUGUUCAGACAUCAAACCAACCCACAGCCAUUUAAAUAUAAACUGUCUUACCUUG